AUGAUUAUCAAGUACAGCGAAUCACAUCUAAUGCUCUACCCUUACCAUCUUGCUGAUAUAAUUGUAAGAGAGCUGCGAAUAACGCCGUUCAACUACUAUAUUAACAUUAUUACUGAUAUGUUACAAUCCGAGAAGUCAUAUGAUUCUUUACCAAAUUUUACGGCAGCAGACGCGGUGAGGUUACUGGGUAUCGGGCGAAACCAAUAUAUUGACUUGAUGAAUCAGAACAGGUCUAACAGAAAGUUUCUUCGUCGCAAUCGUCCUCUGCGCGAGCUGCUGCCACAAAAGCCUGCAAAGUCUGUUGUGGAACCGUGGUGGAUUGUAUGUGCUGGAAGUAUUCUAGAAGCAGAUAUCAAGGUACUAACGGAGGAUGAACGGCGUGUAGUAGAUUCCAUUUUGGAUGAAGGACCUCAACCUGCCGGAUUCUUGCCCGUACCAGUCGUUCAGUCACUGCUCAACAGAGGACUGAUAUACGUGGAUGUUCCAGUCGAAGAAUACGAUUACGUUUAUGUCGCACCUCUAGACGGAUUUGUGAUGAACCGCGUACUGGGAGACUAUUUCGAAACGCUGCUUUACAAAAUAUUUGUAGCAAUUGAUGAUCAAACCACUGUUAAGGAGAUGGCUGAAAUGCUUCACAUUGAUUUCCCUCUUGUGGCUAAUGCAAUAUCGGUGUUCUGUCGCCUUGGAUUUGCAAAGAAGAGAGUCACAGGAAUGGAGACAGCUCGCCUUCAUUAUAGCUGGGCGCAACACAUUUCCAUACCAAAUUCUCCUACGCAAGAUGACAUGGUGACGUCGGUCUCGGGUGAUCUAGGCGAGCUAUCGGCUUCACUGGCUUCACCUAUGGGCGAUGACGAUGACGACGAACAAGUAGCAAAUCUCAGCAACUACAGCUUGAAAGAUUCGGUUUCCUCACAACCCUCUUCUGAAGUGCCAUCAUCAUCUGGUCGGACAGCUUUUCUCUUUGAUUCAACCUUAGCAGCGUUUUUAAUGAUGGGGAACCUCUCAAGCUCGCUGAAGGGCCAUGCGGUGACGUUGUUCGAGGUGGGGAAGUUGGCUGACGAGCAGAUGCGCGACUUUCUGGAACAACUGGAAUGUGUAAAUCGUUUUGCUGAGGGAGAAGCGCAACGAUAUUCUGAACAUGCGAUGGCUCUGCUUGAUAUUCUGCGAAAUCUUCGGAAAGGAAGAGAAGUGGAUAUGUUGAGAGGAGAAGAGCUUGCUCAGUCUCGACCCGCAGAGUCGCAUUCGAGUGGUUCGUCAUUCAUAGAAAGCCCAAUUUUCAUAUUUGUAAACGCGCCUGCGGAAUCGGUUAUGGACAUAUUUAGCAUCGUCGUGUCUAUGGCACCGCUGUCAUGCGAUGCGUGUACUGUGCCUGCAUCUUCGUUGCCUUUCAUUGGACCUCCUAUACCGGAGGCCUGUUCGCCUUGGCUACGACUGGCUAUCUACAAGGCGGCUGGCUGUGGUCCUGCAUCUGCGUAUAUUCCAAAAGGUACGAGGCUGUCAAGGCUGCCCUCAAACAUAUCCCAUGCAUCUCGCCUCCUCAUCACAUCGGCGAAUCACGAGCCCCAGCAUAUGUCGACGUAUAAUGCGCUCGUUGCACUCAAUGAAGUACUCCUUACAACACCUCUCUUCGUACAGGAAUACCCUCAUUAUUCUGAUGAAGACGAGCUCGUUUACGUUCCUUUUCCGUUCGAUGACAGUGAAAGCGAAAACAAUGGAGCAUUCUCCAAGCAUCCAGCUGUACAAGCGCUUUCUUCCCGUAUCGGAUUGGAUUGGCUAUGUGGUUACAUUGUCUUGGUUAAUCGGCGAGUGGCGCGGAAGUCAGCUACGAAUUCGUCUAUUAGUAACUACGAAAAUUCUGCCCAGAAAGAGUCAUCUAUCGUUUUGAGUGCACUACCAAAUGGUUUCACCUAUGAUGAUUAUGUGCUCCUUGAUUGUGUGUUCGGUAUUCCGCUCUUCAAUUCACCACUAAAUCAUGCCAUUUGCAGUCGAAUGAUUAGCAAAGGAAUUUUGGAAUUGAAUAAGGUUAGUGUUACAUGUGAGCGGACUUUCACUCAUUUUUAUUCGAUAUCUUCCAUGUCAAUUUUUCAGUCGAGCCAAUAUCCAGUUUCGAAAAGGGCACGUAUUGAUAUGAUCUCAUCAGAAACUUCUGAACACUUUCAAUUACGGUCAUGUCAAGAGCUCUUUUCCAACUAUCGAACCGCGGAAAUCGGAAGUUGUUCCACCAAUUACGUCCAUAUAUUACGAUCCUGUAGAGAACGUAGUGUACAGUUAGAAUAG